UGACAGUUCACAGCAGGGUACAUGUGCAGCGUUUUUCUGCUCAAGUUAGUGAAAUGUAUUCCCAAUGAAGUAGAUAUCACCUUUAUCGAUCAAUAAAUAACGGGGAACAACGUCAGUAGAUCUGGCACAGCAUGGCCCAGAUCAGCGACCCCAAGAUAGCCUUUGCGUACCUUCGUCCCGCCUGCGUGCUUUUGACCCGUGAGCCCAGUGUCGCCAAUGUGGAGACACUGGGCGGCCAGCUGAAAGACGUCGAUGACGCCACGCUGCAGCAGCUGCAGGACUAUGUUCUCUUCCCGCUUCGGUUUGUCCUAAAGCAGCCGGCCCCGCGUAAAGAUGGGCUGGUGGAGGCCGUGGCUGAGGCUAUGGCAUACCUCCUGGAAACCACCUGUGUCCAGAGCUGGGACACUUUGCGGGAUCUGCUGUCGGAGCUCUGCCUCUGCCUCUGCUCCCCAACCGACCCCGGCAAGCCUGCGCCAGCCACUUCAGAAGAGGUGAGGGUCGCGGUGCUACGGUGUUUGGACGCUCUGCUACACGCUGCCUACGGAGACAUUGUGUUCAGGCUGUUUGAGCCCAGCAUGCUGCCUGGCAUGGGGGCAGCCAUCUCCCUGCUGCUGGCCCUGGGGGAGCAGGACAAGUCCAGAGGGGUGCAGGCUGCUGCUCUCAGGUGCCUGCAGGCCCUGACCCUGAGGUGCGGCUGUCCCCAGGACCAUGUGGAAGUGUCAGGGGAGGAGGCCCGCGCCCUGGGCGGCACCCUGGCCUCUUUCCUGCCGGGCAUCACCAUGGCUCUAACCCGGGUCAUCUCCGGAGACAUGAGGCAGGGCCACGCAGUCACAGCCAGGGCCCUCAGGCUGUGGUCCAGGACAGUGGGGCUGGUGCUGGCUGACAGCCAGCUGCAGGGGGCUGGGGAGGAGGCCAGGCCAGGGCUGGAGCUGGGCCGGGUGGGGGAGCUGAUGGUCCAGAGGACGGACGACUGGGUGAGAGGAACGUCAGGGAGACUGGCUCUGCUGCUGAGGAAGAUCAUCUCCUGCUGCUCGGCCCAUCAGCACUGGAGGGUGAGGCUGGAGCUGGUGGACAUGGCCGACCACCUGUUAGCCAACUGUAGCGUUUCCCUGGGAGAGUGUGUGGGCUCCCUGCUGGAGACCCUGGUCGGGGGGGUGAACGACGAGGAGGCCAGGGUGAGGGACAGGUGUGAGGCCGCGCUCCGGGGAGUGGCGGGGAGGAGCCAGGGCUGUGGGCGGGGUCAGACCUUCAGCGACGUCCUGUCAGAGAGCCUCCACAGCCUGGCCACCUCGCUGCCUCGGCUCAUGAGGACGUCGGAUGACCAGCGCAAGCUGUUCAUCCUCAAUGUGUUCCUGGGCUACCUGAAGGUGCUGGGUCCGGCUGUGUGUGUGGUGCUUGCCUCGGCCACUCACCUCCAGCGCGUCUCCCAGGCGCUCCUGCAGGUCCUGGAGCUGGACGUCACCGACGUCCGCAUCGUAGAGGAGCGGAGCCACCGCGUCGCCAUGGAGACGGACGCCACGGGGACGAGCGUCGUCGCACCCUCUCAGAGGAAACACUUCCUGUACUUCACGGACGACCGGAUCUUUGCCAUACUGGCUGAGAUAUGCCGGAUGCUGGGUUACCAUGGUGAUGUCUACCUGCUGACGGACCACUUCCUGGAUCGGUACCGGGAGUCGCAGGCGUACAGGAAGCAGGCGGCGCUGGUCCUAAAGGAGCUGGUGGCCGGGGCUGUCGGGAUGGGGGUGGGGAGGAGCUGGGGGGGUCAGGGGGAGGAUGUGGAGGGGCAGGGCCACGCCCCUAAUCUAGAGGAACUGAGGGCGGUGGUGGGGACCAUCAUAGAGGAGUACACCAGCCUGGCCAACUGGCACCUGGCCACCAGCCAGGAGACGGACUCAGACCCAAACAAGCAGGACCAGGAUGGAAGCCCCAGACUCCUCUCCAUAUCCAGCCAUGCUGACAGACGCCCCCUCCAGCUCCAGCUCCUAAAUGGGUCUGGAGCGGGUCCCAUCCAGCUCGGGCCCCGGACCCCCACAGUCCACCAGCUGAACAGCAACAUCUGGCAGCUCUGCCUGCAGCUGGAGGGGAUCGGCUGCUUCGCCCAGGCCCUGGGCCCCGCCUUCCGUCCACUGCUGAUGACAUCACUGUACUCGGUGCUGGAGAAGGCAGGGGAGGAGUCGGUGCUGGUGAGCCAGGCGGCGCUGGGCGCCAUGUGGGCGGUGGCUGACGCCUGCGGCUACAGCUCCUUGACGGAGCUGAUCAACGCCAACGCUGACUACCUGGUGAACGACGUGUCGCUCAACCUGCAGAGGCUGGCUCUGCACCCGCAGGCCCCCCGGGUGCUGUCCGUCAUGUUCCUCCACUCGGACCCCAGCCUGCUGCCCCUGCUGGGGGACCUGGUGCAGGACCUGCUGCUGGCCCUGGACCUCAGCUACGACCACAGAGCCCCCCUGUUCUGCUGCGUGCUGCACAGCCUCCUCAAGGCCCUGGCCCGAUGGUUCCCCUCAGCCAGAGGUAGGACCACUGAACCAAACAGAACCAAGAUGGCGUCUCAGGACCAGGAAGCUCUGGACGUGCGUCACUUCCUGCAGGACUACCAGAGACAGAAGCAGCUGGCAGAGGGCACCUGGGAGGAGGAGGAUGGGGAAACAGAGCUCCCAGACCCUUCAGUUGCUACGGAGACCGAGACAGAGGGUCCUGAUGUGAAGGCGGAGCUGCCAGCCCACCUGGCCAUCGCCAAAGAUGUCAUGGAGCGCUGCACCCACCUGCUCUCCCAUCCCAGCCUCAGGCUCAGGCUCAAGGUGCUGGACAUCUUGGAGCUGUGUGUGUGUGUGCUGAGUGAGAGGGAGGACGAGCUGCUGCCCAUGGCCCACCGCUGCUGGCACCCCCUCCUGCUGAGACUCACCACAGAUGAUCCCCUGGCCGUCCUCCGAGCCUUCAGGGUGCUGUGUACGCUGGGGGAGACUUGUGGGGAUUUCCUGAGGAAGCGGGUGUCGAAGGAGGUGCUUCCCAAACUGACAAGCUCGCUGACCAAUCAGGCUCCAGUCAGUGCCAGGGCGGGGCCAAUCUACAGCCAUACCCUUGCCUACAAGCUGCAGCUGGCUGUGCUGCAGGGACUGGGGUCGCUCUGCCUCAGACUAGACCUGGGUGAAUCCGACCUGAACACAGUGUGUGAAGCCUGUCUUCCAUACCUCAGCUGCAGGCAGCCAGCUAAACUACAGGACGCCUGUCUCAGCGUGUUCCGUCAGCUGACCCAAGUCGACCCGGACGCUCUGUGGUUGACCCUGAAUGAGCUCCACUGCCCACACUCCUACACCCCACCCCACCCUGACCUCCAGCCUGUGGUGCUGAGUGGGCAGGGCAGUGCGAGGGAUGAGUUCACCGACAACGUCCUCAGACUACUGGAGGAGUUUGACUUACCUCAGAAACACCUGUGAACCAGCCAGGAGCAGUUAUGAGGAACUCUGAUUAUGAUUGGCUGGUAGCCUUGUUGUGUGGAGCUGGUCGAUUCGAACAAUAACACAAAGUGUACAGUAUCUCCACUUUCCUUUCUGAAUGUAAAAUAUGAUGUAAUGCAAAGGAAUAAUACUCAAAUAAUACAAACAUUUUCUUGA